AUGUUCCUGGUCCCCGCUGCAUUCCUGAUCACCGUUCCACGAGUUGUCGACUCUGGUAAUCUUGGGCUUUUGCCGGUGUUGUUUGGCGGCGUGGUGACCGUAGCUGCCUUGUAUCUCUUCUGGCGGAGCCACGCAGAUCUUGGCCGCAAUUGGAGUCCUACGACAGAACUCAGAGAGGACCACACAUUGACUACCUCAGGCGUUUACAGCAAGGUACGCCAUCCCAUGUACACGUCCUUGUGGAUCAUUAACGCGGUGCAGCCUCUGCUAGUGCACAACUGGAUCGCAGGGUUCGCUCCGGUGUGCUCUUUCGCAAUUUUAAAUUUUAUUCGGAUAGAAUAUGAAGAGGAGAUGAUGAUGCAAAAAUUCGGCGACGAGUACCUUGAGUACAGUUGCAGAACAAAGCGAAUCGUCCCAGGUUGCCUAUAG